AUAUCCCACAUGCAAGGAGAAAGUUUUCUCCUAGGAGGGAGUUCAUGGGGUGCUGCCAGGAAAAGGUAUUGUCCUCCCACCUGAGCAAGAAGUACCGGGAGAGGCAGGAGGAGGCAGAAGGACUGCCAAGAGAUGACUCAGGUGUCAUGAGGAGGACAGGUUCUGCUCUUGGCUCCCACUCCCACACUGCUUUAGUUUUUUUGACCAGUGAUAUGCGCUGGAACAAAGGAACUAUUUUAAAAGCAUCAGUGGAGUACAUCAAGUGGCUACAAAAAGAACAACAGAGAGCCAGAGAAUUAGAACACAGGCAGAAGAAAUUAGAGCAUGCUAACAGAAGACUUCUACUCCGAAUUCAGGAACUGGAGAUCCAGGCACGCGCACACGGCCUUCCAGUCAUGUCUUCUCUCAGUGCUGUCAAUUUAGCUGCACAGGUCAUCAAGCAACAGUCUUACCCAGAGGAGAACUCUGUAGACUACUCUCAACAAAUGCCUCUGGCACAUGGACCAAAUUCCGAUGUUUGUGAUGGAUCUACAGCCUUUUCUGAUCCACUUUCACACUUCACGGAUUUGUCCUUCAGCGCAGCUUUGAAAGAAGAGCAACGGCUAGAGGAAAUUUUACUGGAUGACACAGUGUCGCCAUUUGGAACAGACCCGCUCUUGUCCUCCACGUCCCCAGCCGCAUCAAAAGAGAGCAGCAGGAGAAGCAGCUUUAGCACAGAUGAUGGAGAUGACUUAUAAAAGCAGAAAGGGCCUCAUACUUCUCUAAACCACUUCCUAAAAGACUGGGUUGAACAUAAGCGUGGUGUCUGUGCUUAUUUUAAAUACGAGUAAGAGAUCCCCUGUGAAGAUAAGUCACUACAUGGCAAGGGUUUAAAUCAGCCCUUACUCCACAGGAAAAUGAGGUGGACAUGAACUCAUAUUGCUUUACCCCAAAUUCACACCCUCUGCUCACAGCCAAUAUUUGCACAGAUCUUUCU